UGUAGAAAGUAAGUCAAAAUUAAAUACUUCAUAACAAACCUUAUCAGAUAUAAACAAUUAUGAUAAACGGUGGAGAAUUUAAAGCCUUAUUAAAUAGGAAAUUACAUCAAUAAAAGACAAAAACCAUGAUAUUUAGUUUUACUUUGAAUGCUCUGAUUCAAAUCAGCUGUAUUCAACACCACAGGUUUCUUGAAAAGGUCAUAUAACGAUGCAUGCAUAGGGUCACAAGUUUCCGAUAAAGCUAAGCGUAGGCGAAUCUGAAGUUGUAUAAAAGACAUAACCUUCGCUUUCUAAAUUUUAUUUCUACAAAAACUUCAAAUCAGUUAGCAACGAAGCUCUUUAAUAAUGAGAACGCAAUUAUCGAUUUUAUUUGUUGGAAUAUCAUUAUUAGCCGGCGUAAGAACGAUAACAACAACAACAACAACAACAACAUCAACACCAAGAAUUAUAAAAACAACAAAAUCACCCACGACAGAAGUGAAAAUCUCCACCUUGAAUAACCUUGUUAUCCAAGUGAAAGAGGCCAAGAAUAUUAUAAAACAAUGGAACGCGGCGAAAAGAAUUUUAUUUCAACGUCCAAAAGUAACAUUUAGUACGACAACACAGUAUAAGGUAUGCGGAAGACAGUUCACAAAAGAGGAAGAAACCAAAAGGAAUGAACUGAAGGUCUUAAUAGAUAGAAGUAACAAAGCUACAUUUAUCAAAAACAAGCAACAAUGCCCAGUUGCAACAUUCAGAAAGAAACGCGACUUGCAAGAUGUACAAAAUCAAUUUUCCAGUAUUCCUGGAACACAGGUUAUAGAGCUGUUCUGUAACGAAAGGAGAGCAGUACAAAAUAACACACUGAAUAUGUGCAAUGAGUGUGCUUACAGAAUUAUAUUUCCACCGUCAUACUUUCCUCGCUAUCACUUUCAUUACACAUGUGACGAAAAUGGCGACCAUUCCUGUUUCUACGGAGAAGGGACGUGCGUCAAAAAUGUCGAAACAAAGACGUUGAAGCAUGAUUUAAAUGAAGUCGGUUUUGAAAAUUUAUAUCAAUGGGCGGACCGUGCUGUUGCUUUUACUGGAUCGUGCUCCUGUCAAAUAAUCCAAAACAGUCUCUUUGAUCCAUUUGUGUAAUUUUUUGGUUAAGUCUGGUUUUUAAAAGCAAGAUGCAUUGAAACAAAAGUAGUAUUAGUAAAUCUUAUAUGAGGUGUAAACUUUUAGGAUACUUUUAGGAAGUCGAUAUCCUGCGGUGGGUUGAAAAUCGCACAUGCGGAAUAAGGAUGCCAAAGUUCGUGUUUUAGAUGUUGAACUUCGAAUAAAGAGAACUACUUUGAUUAUUUCGGACGUUUAACUUGGUGAAUAUGUUAAAACUAGUCGGUGGCCCGUGGAUAAAUCCACAGGUUCACCUGUUCCUUACUUACCGCAUUUCGUGUGUCUUACUACUGAGAUUACCAUUGUGCGUGACAGACAGACAGACGUAUACGGGUAUUAUUAUAAUAUAGAUAAGGAGCACUUGCGCAAUCUAUUCAAGACCUGCUUUCGCGCUAUCAGGAAUUUUCAAAAAUCAUUGGUCGGAUGCCGCAUUUUUUAUGCGCAACGAAAGUUCUUGUGUUACUCCAUAUCGUUUGUAAUUUUGUUAUUUUGAUGAAGAAAGUAUUUCACUGCAUAUAAAAUUGCAUCAUUUGCAUGCUUUAAGUUUUAGAAUUUAAUAAUAGGUAACAACAGAAACGUGUCAACAGUUUCGUCGUAGCUAUGUUUUCAACUGUGCAACCUUAAGAAACAAACAAAUAAUAAAAAAAAAAAACACAGGACCGAUAAAAUUUUUUGAAAGUAGAAGGUCCAAUAUAUUAAAGAAGGACCCCCCACCAUAGUUGG